AUGGGUCGAAAGAUGGUAAAGAUGGAGAAGAUACAAAACGAGAAGACGAGGAUAACGACUUACAAGAAGAGGAAAGCAUGCUUGUAUAAGAAAGCCAGCGAGUUCUCAACACUUUGCGGCGUGGACACUUGUCUCAUUGUGUAUGGCCCGAGCAGAGCAGGGGACGAGAUGGUCGCGGAGCCCGAAUUAUGGCCAAAGGACGAGAGCAAAGUCCGUGAAAUCAUAACCAAGUACAGGGACAUUGCGUCAAGCAGCUGCACCAAGACUUACACCGUGCAGGAAUGCUUGGAGAAAAACAACACUAAGGAGGAGAAAUCUAAGAAUGAGACAAAGUAUUCUCCAUGGGACAAAAAGCUCGACAAGUGUUCUUUAAACGAGCUCUAUGCGGUUUUCAUGGCGGUAGAAAACAAGAUCCAGGAGGCUACAAAUAGGAAUCAAACAUUUCCUGACACUACUUCUUGGUCUAAUGAGCAACUUGGUCUAUGCGGUUACAAUCAGCAAUGUCUUGAGCAGUAUCAAUUGUUUCCUCUACCUACUAUGGAGCACAACGGAUUCUCUUUUUUCCCUUUAAACAACCAGAUCACCUCGAAUACCGCGGAAGUAGCUUCCUUCUCAUGUGCGACUGAGCCGAUGAUAGCGAACGGGCAAACCUUCUUUUACGGUAGUUGUUCGGAUGGGUCAUGUGCACCAGUGUUACAGAGGACAGCUUAUGUGGAGCCGAUACAAUGGGGUUUAGGAAAUAGUAUGUUCAACGACGUGAAGCAGUUCCAAGAUUAUCACUUCAAGUUUGCACAAGUUAAUGACUCGGAGGAUUCAAGUAAACAACCUAUGUAA